AUGACGAACAAGAACAAACCAUCGGAACGUGUGGCUAGUUCCUCUUCCGAAAAGAAAAAGAAUUCAUCGAAAUCUUUCAAAAAGGAAUAUUACAAAAAGAAAGCAGCAGAAGCAUCCAGUAGUAGUACUACUACGAGUGAAGAUAUUCUCAUUCAAACCGGAACAGGACUCCACUUGGAUUCAUGGCCCUACAAUUUAUGGGGAAAAUUAAAGAGUGAUUUUACGUAUGGGCCUUUGGAUCGCUUCAGACCGUUUCAAUCCAUGUUAUGCCUAACCUCCGGACAUACAAAUCCCAAUAAGAAAGAAGGAGGUUUGGAAUUAAUACCUGGUUUUGCCAGUGUUGCAGAACGAUAUUUCCCUGCCAUGGAUGAAAUGUUGAGAGAAGGAAAAUCCAAACGAACCAAAUCGCCAUGGAUUUCCUCGUAUCAUAUUCGUUUCAAUCAGAAAGAGGAUGAACCAUUGUUUGAAUUGGUGAGGAAGGUGAAGAGAGUUCCUCGCGAUUGGACAGCACCUCCAGCGAGUACUGAAUUAUUGUCAACCAUGAAUGCCAAUGAUUGUCUUGAAUAUAUGAGAAAGAUUGUGAAAGAGCAUGAUGCCAUUCCUUAUCAUCCUAUUGAGAAGGGAGAUUUUAUUUACUUUGAUAUUCGAAGUGCUCACCGAAAUUCUGACGCCAAUGAAAUGGAUCGACCUCGCUCCGUAUUUUAUCAUGCUUAUUCAGUGGCUCAUCGUGUGAACGAGAAGACCAUUGAAUCUCUCAAAGAAAAACGAAAGAUUUUUGAACAUCCUUCGGAUUUCAAUUCCAAGUUUAAAAUGGAACAACAAUUGUUGAAUGUGGAGAAGGAUUUAAUUCCAUUGACACCUCUCGGUCAAUGUUUGUAUAAUGAGAGAUCUUACAAGACCUUAUUGCAGCCAGAUGAUCAAAUUCAACCUAUUGUGAAUCAACAUUCUCGUCUCACACAACGACAUAUUGAUUUUUAUCAUCGAUAUGGAUAUGUAGUGGUUGAGAAUGUCGUCUCCGAUGCAGAUUGUGAACAAUUGUUGAACGAGCUAUGUCAGUAUUCCGCAAAAGCUGGAUGUCCUCUCUCAUUGAAUUCAAAUUCUGCUCUGUCACAAUCUGAUUUUGCAAACAUUGGAGGAAAUUUUGGUGCCAUGGUCGAAUGGUAUUAUUUACCAAUGCAACAACAAUUAAGGCAACAUGAAGGUCUUUAUGCCACUACAGUGAGUCUUCUGGCAAACACAUGGUGUGCUAAAACUCCCAAUGCCUAUCAUGUUCCAUAUAAUUGUCCUUUUGCAGAUCAUUUGGAUCCAAGAAAAUUGUGGCUCUAUGUGGAUCGAAUGAAUUUCCGAAUGCCAGAUAAACAUUGA